AUGACGACGUCGACCAAGAUUCUUGGCCCUCUAUCAGUCGCCGGAGCGGCGGUGUCCGGCGAUAAACCCCAAACAACAGUUACUGUUCCAUCCCCACAAACUGCAAUCGAACCCCUCAUCGUCAAGAGCCAGACGCUGGGAUUGACGGAUGAUCCGCCGAUGGGCCUGUCGGAGCAAGGCUCCGCCACCUACCUCUCCUCCGGCAACCCCUGCCUCGACUUCUUCUUCCACAUCGUCCCCAGCACCUCCGCCGACAAAUUAGCCGACCGGCUCAAUCUGGCGUGGGCUCACGAUCCCCUCACCGCGCUCAAGCUUAUCUGCAAUCUUCGAGGGGUGCGAGGUACCGGCAAGUCCGACAAGGAAGGAUUCUACGCGGCGGCGCUCUGGCUCUACACCCACCACCCGAAAACCCUAUCCCUCAACGCAAGGGCUGUUGCUGAGUUCGGCUAUUUCAAGGAUUUCGUCGAGAUUCUGUACCGGAUCCUCGAAGGCCUCGAUGUGAGGAAGAAAGCCGAGUUGGAGAGGCGAGAGGAGCGAGCAGCCAGGGUGAUGGCCAAGAGGAUGAGGAGAUACGCACACAUGUAUCGCCACGACGAGAACGAGGACGAGGAGGAUGAGAAUUCCGAGGCUGGGGUUGGAAUUACCCAGAAGGCCAAGAACUCGAAGAAAUCCGUCGACAAGGAAACGGCGAGGGCGAUGCGCAAGGAGCGAGAGGCUGCCAAAGCGGCCAAGGCGCUGAACCGGUACAAUUCCGAUUCCAAUUACAGGCUUCUCUUCGAUUCAAUUGCAGAUCUAUUUGCAGAUCUGCUGAAAUCCGACAUCGAGGCUCUUAAACCCAAGGAUUACUCGAGGAUCACUCUGGCGGCCAAGUGGUGCCCUUCGAUCGACUCCUCCUACGACAAAUCCUUGCUGAUCUGCGAGGCGAUUGCUCGCCGGAUCUUCCCCAAGAACAGCGAGAAGGAGUACGAAUCCAUGGAGGAAUCCCACUACGCCUACCGCGUCCGAGACAGGCUUCGGAAGGAAAUCCUCGUCCCUCUCCGCAAAGCGCUUCAAAUCCCAGAGGUUUACAUGAGCGCAAGAGAGUGGAAUUCCCUCCCUUACGGCCGCGUCCCGUCGGUGGCGAUGAAGAACUACAAGGAACUGUUCGUCAAGCACGACAAGGAGCGGUUCGAGGAGUAUCUGGAGAAGGUGAAGACCGGGAAGGCGAAGAUCGCAGCAGGGGCGCUGCUACCGCACGAGAUCAUCGCCCAGCUCAACGACAGCGACGAUGGGGCGGUGGCGGAGCUUCAGUGGGCGAGGGUGGUGGAGGACAUGAAAAAGCAAGGGAAGCUGAGCAACUGCAUUGCUGUUUGUGACGUGUCUGGCAGCAUGUUCGGGACGCCAAUGGAGGUGUGCGUUGCGCUCGGGCUGCUGGUUUCGGAACUGAGCGAGGAGCCGUGGAAAGGGAAGGUGAUCACGUUCAGUGAGGAUCCGGAGAUGCAUUUGGUGGAGGGGGAGACGCUCAAGGAGAAGACCGAUUUCAUCAGGAGGAUGGAUUGGGGAGGCAGCACCAAUUUCUACAAGGUGUUCGACAAAAUGCUCGACACGGCGGUUUCGAACAAUUUGAGGGAGGAUCAGUUGGUGAAGAGAGUGUUCGUGUUCAGUGACAUGGAAUUCAAGGAGGCUUAUGAGGAGCCUUACUCCUACCCCCAGCACCACUACUACGGAGGAUCUGACGAUGACGAUAAUGACUAUGACGAUGACGAGAACGAGGAGGAGGAGGAGGAAAAGGAAGUGGCUGAGGAGGCGAAGGCGGAGAACAGGAGCUGGGAAACGGAUUAUCAGGCGAUACAGAGGAAGUUUGGGGAGAAAGGGUACAACAGGGUACCGGAGAUUGUGUUCUGGAACCUGAGGGACUCGUCGGCGACGCCGGUGGCGGGAACGCAGAAUGGGGUGGCGCUGGUGAGUGGGUUCUCGAAGAAUUUGCUGACGAUGUUCAUGGAUGGAGAUGGGAUUGUGAAUCCAGAGGAUGUGAUGGCGUUGGCCAUUGCUGGGGAGGAGUAUAAGAAGCUUGUGGUGUUCGACUGA